AUGCUAUAUUUUUUACUUCUCGUUGUUGUUUCUUUGGCUAAAGAUUCAUUAGUUUUUACUGCAUUAACAAACUAUGAUGGUGAUACCGUUGGAUUUACAUUAAUAGAGUUUAAUUUGUGUUAUUAUUAUGGAGUGAAUUCAUCAUCUUAUUUUACUCAUGAUGGUGAUAAAAUUACAAUUAGGUUAUAUCACAACUCACCUUCAUGUUCUGGAAAUAAUGAAGAACAAACAUUAGAUAUUAAUGAUGAGUCAUUGAAAAGAUAUUGUGAGUCCUCAACAGAUUGUUCUGUUGAGAUAAAAAAGCCACCAAAACAUAUUGGAUUCCAUAGUGUAGUAGAUGAUGAUGAGAGUUGUACGCAUCGUGAUAACACAUUUAGGGCAUAUUAUACAGGUAAAUGUUAUUUAUGCAAUGAGGGUAAAAAUUAUUAUUGCAAUUCCCAAGAACAAAAUGGAUAUAUGUGGGAAACUGUUUAUCAAAAUAAUAAAUGCAAAAGUAAAGAAAUAGUUGAACGUAUACCCCAAUGGAAGUGUGACGUUUGUGAUGAUGGUAUCAUGUUCCAAUGUGGAGUAACAUCAACAACAGUUAUUUCUAUUAUUAUUCUUCUUUCAUUCUUCUUUUAA